AUGACCGAGCCGGAGCAUCCUCUACCGCCUUCGACCACGGAUGAUUACGUGGCGAACGGAGAAUUUUCUGCGUCAUCAAUGAAUGCCGACGACGCUAGUAUGGUCGCAUCCGAUGCUGCUGCUUUACACUUGCCAGAAUCGUCCGAGGUACUGAUGAAAAAGACUAGGAUUACAGCUCUCAACAAAGCACUUUUUGCAACGUACUUUUGCAAUGCCGUAUCGGUAACACUACCAGUCAUUCUCAUGCCUUUGAUUGCUGCCGAGCAGACUUCUCUGGCUGGCUCUUCGCUCGCAACUGCCGCAUUUGUGGCAUUGGGCGGCCGAGUGUCGGCUUCGCUGUACCUUACAGCCAUGGCAGGCUUCCAUUUGUGGUUGUCUUUUAACAAGACAGGCCCCAUAUUUGGAUGGAUUCUUGCUGGUCUGGACUUUUGCGCUUCAAUUCAAUGGACAGCAUGCUCCCUCAUUUUGGCAAAUCACUACGACACCAGUCCUGCCGAAUUUGCAGCUGGGGUUACUGUUCUGAGUUUGGCCAGCACGUUCGGAGUUCUUUUCUCCAAAAUAGGAGGAAUAGUAUUGCUCCAGUAUGUAUCAUCCUGGAGUAUUGUUGCUCGAGUUGGAGCGGUAGUGGCUGUGGUCGGAGCAAUCCUCGUCCGCUCUUUGGUUACCGAAAUGCCACUCCAGGCCGGAGGAAUUACUCCAUCGUCGAUCAAACGGUUUAACAUUAGAGGAGUUGUGCGGUCUCUAGGCAAUGUUUUGGGAAGCAGAAUAUUUUGGUUGGUGGGAUUGGCACACGCAACCACCUUCUUGGCUCGCACCAGCGAUCGCGUGUUGGGGUCAUUCUUUUUAGAGUCUACUUCUCUUCCUCGCCAUCUGUGCGGGGGUCUUACGGCUAGCGUGACCCUCGGUUUUGUUCAUGGUCUGGGUAAGGGGAAAAUGUUUUACAGCCUGAAGGAUACGCAGUCCAAGACAAGAUUGUUACGGAAGAACUACGCCAAGGCGACGUUAUCUUGCCUGGCUUUGGCUUUGCUGGCGAAUCAGAAGGUAGCUACUGUCUUGUUCCCCUCCAAGUAUGUUAUUGCGGGGUUGGUCGCAUUGCUAACAGGAGUCAUGGCGUCGUCGCUCUCCUUUCAAUUUUACCAGAUCCCGCCUAUGACGUCUAAGAUGUUUGGUGAAGACAAAGCGGUAUGUCUUUCGUUUCUGGACGGCAUGGGUUUCUUCUUGUCAGCUCCCAUAUGGGCUGUUACAAGCCAAAUUGUUGGAGGUCUUGGAAUUUAUGGGUGGUCAACUGCCUGGGUGAUGUUGGCCUUUCUGUUCGGCUCGGGAGGGGCGCUGAUGCUAAGAACGCUCCCGCAAGUCCUUGAUGAACAACGGUAA